CUAUACCAAAAAAAAUAUAUAAUCCUUCAUUUUAUAGUCUGGCUUUCUUAUAUUUAAUCAUCACAAUUCACAAUAAAAGAAUCCCAACACGAAGCUCAGACCAUCUUCUGAAAUGAAAAAGAACAAGGCAGAAAAAUACAGCAGCAGUGAAAUUUUCCUGGAGCGCAAGACCAAGAAAAAAUGGGUGGACAAAAUUUCGGGUGAAUAUUGCUUCAUGUUGUAUCCGAGAUCACUCUUUAUAACCAACAUGGAGGACAGGUACUGGGAUUGGAAAUGCUUCAAGGAAACCAGCGAGGAUAAUGUUGAAGUCGUCAAAUUGCUUACUGUCUGCUGGCUGGAUGUGAGAGGUAAGUUCAAGAUGUCUGACCUGACUCCUGGAAUCACUUACAACGUUUCGUACGUUGUUAAGUUGACACAAAGCUCGUCGGGGUGGGAGCUCCCAAUGACAUUAAAACUCGGAGUUCCUGGCAGGACUGAGCAACGACGCCAAGUUAGUCUCCUGAAAAAGCCAAAAGGCGAAUGGUUUGAGCUCAACUUGGGGAAUGUAUAUGCAGUUGAUAAUGAAAAUGGAGAGGUCUAUUUCGACAUCUAUGAGCAUGGAGGCCACUGGAAGACAGGACUGCUGAUUAAGGGUGUCAUCAUUAAGCCAAUAGUCUUGACCCCUGACUUGAGUUCAUCCUCUUCUUGAUCCUGUGUUGAUCAUUCUAUAACUAGCUUAUUAUUUACAAAGCUGAUAACUUUUGUCUUGCUUCUACCAAUGGAUGCAUCAGUUCACUAUUUUCUGGACUUGCUAUGUAAUACAAUCAUGAUUAUGGUUUCA